GCGUCAUUUGACCAAAGGUGGUUACGUUUGUUUGUUCUAUCAUCGUCUUUAAAACGACCCUAAUUACGCUUACGACGAUUUUUGGGUUACAUCGUGUCUCAAGAACGGAACCCCUGUCGUAACCUGGGGACUGCCUGUAAUGGCAUAAUUCAAGCGCAUUUUCGGGAAGUGGCCGAGUGUCAAGAGAGGUCACAUGGUGAAGAGGAAGUUUACAGCCAUUCCACUAGAUAACAAUGUUGACACCAAAAUUUGAAGUUCAGCAGGAUGAUCAUCAUCUGAUGAUAAAAAUAUUUGCAGCCUAUGCUCAAGUGACAGAUGUAGAGGUUAACAUAGACUCUGAGACAUUCACCUUUUAUUCCUCCCCAUACUAUUUAAGGCUCACAUUUUCUGGUAAACUGAUAGACAGUGAACAGGAGAAACAUAAUGUCAAGUAUGAUCCUGAUAGAGGUGUUUUUAUCAUUAAAUGUCAGAAGGAGACACCUAGUCAACAUUUUACAAAUUUGGAUAUGUUGACAACACUUCUUGCACCACAAGGAGCUGUUGGAGUGAAUAAACCACUAAUUGAAGUUAUAGAUGGUAAAAAUGAGGAGUCAGGUGAUGAAGAUGACUGUACAAAUUCUGAUUGGUCUUAUUAUCAAACCUUACCUGAAGAAAAUAUUGUAACUGAAGGGCACAAGUAUGGCUUCGGUAACACAUUUUCAGGUGUUUUUGCUGCCCUUCAGGAUGAGCUAAAGGGAGUUGUUGACAUCCUUGAUCCUGACAAUAAACGUUUUUCCCAAAGAAGAGAAGAGAGACUGGCAUGUGAACUUGAGACUUUUGAUGAAGAUCAUUAUUUGGCAGAUUACUUUGAGGUUGAAACUGCCCAGCAAUGUGUCGAGUUUAUACCAGAAUUCUAUUGUCUUACUUCAGAUGAGGUCAAGUUAAGUGAGAAGGAUCAAGAAGAUAUGCUGAGGUUACCCAAUAAAGAGCAUCUUUUAGACAAAGGAGCCAAAUCCAUUGUGUACCUUGGCCUUGUGGAUAUUCUGUAUGCUUGGAGUUACAAUCAUCGGGUCACAUUAGGAGAAAAUUGUGUCGAAUCAGCUUGGAAUAUAUCCAAAAUUAGUGCCACAUUAUCGUGGCUAGAAAGCUUUACCCAGUUAAAGCAUGUUGCUGUCAGUUGUGUGAGCCGAUCACUGAUUUACCCCCUGAUAAGAAACUGGCAUCUGGCAAUGGAAGUUUUAAGAGAUACGGUACAAUUACUAUCACUAGGACAUAAACAAGUUUUGAAAUGUUUGCUAGAAAUCCAGAGGAUAUUCAACAGCUCUGAACCACGUUACCUGUUGAAUCAGCUCUACAUAACGGAAUAUUGUGUUUGGAUUCAGAAAGUUCAAGAUAACAAACUGAUGAGUCUAGCGGAUUCUCUCAGAAAGGUAAAAUUAGAGAAAGAUGAUGUGGGUCUUGAACUUCAUGAGCUUGAAGCUGCUGCACACAUGGUCCUAGAAGAGGAAAGCAGUUUGAGUCCUGAAGAUAACAUCAAUACUGUGGCAGCUGGCUUAGCAGAGAUGACUAUAAUAGAGAAUGGGGCAGCUAUUUUAGGUGAGGACAAUCAAGAUGCAGUUGAUGGAAACGUCACUCAAAAUAGUGAAUCGUUGUCACACAUAAGUGACAGUGAUUCUUCUUCUAGUAGUGAAAGUGAUAGUGAUGAUGAAAGUGAUGAUGAAACAGAUUCAUCGGACUCAAGUGAUGACUCGAGUGAAGAUGAUGACUCGGAAAAAGAUGAUUCGUCAUCGGAUUCGUCAGACCUGGAUUCAGAUGAUGAUACUUUAUCAGAAAGUGGAGAUGCAUGAACAUCUAAGAAUUGGUCAGCAUUUCUUUACUUAUAAAAAUAUUAAAUGUUAUGUAAAUUGUUUUUGUUUUUGUAAAUUUGUAUGUUAAAAGUCUUUAUGGAAAUUAUUUUUACUUCUAUCUAUAGUAUUAUUAAUUUGUUGGAGGAAAAUUAAAAUCUCGGGGUAUAUCAUCAUUCCA